AAGACCCACUGGUAUGCCACUGGAUUCCAUUGAACUAGCCUGGACUAUCAGAAUGGCGGGUUGCUUUUGGAUGCUGCAGUUAUGUUUCCUUGCCUUCUCUCUCCAUCAGUCAGAGCAGUCAGUAUUUUGGCCGGCUUCUAAGGCAAAUGAAGUUAUGGUAAGAGCGAAACGUGCCAGAAGCUUUAUUUUGGAGGAGAUUUUAAAGGGAAAUUUGGAAAGAGAAUGCUUUGAAGAAAUAUGUGUUUAUGAAGAAGCAAGGGAAGUGUUUGAAAACAAUGAAAAUACUAAUUCAUUUUGGAGGCAAUAUAUGGCUGGUACUCCUUGUAUCUCCCAGCCCUGCCUAAACAAUGGAGUAUGCAUGGAUAACAUUCGAAGCUACAUUUGCAGCUGCCUCGAAGGGUUUGAGGGAGUGAAUUGUGAAUAUGCUAAAAAUGAAUGUCAUUCCAAGAGAAGUGAAGGAUGUGACCACUUUUGUCACCCAGGAGAGGAAAUUUUUAUGUGUAGUUGUGCAAAGGGUUAUAAACUUGGAAAGGAUCACAGAUCAUGUAUUCCAAAUGAACAGUGUGCAUGUGGAAUUCUCAGUUCUAAAAGUAAUGUGACAUUGAAGGAUGACCAACUGACUCUCCAAAAUUUUCCAUGGCAGGUCAAAUUAACAAAUUCACAAGGAAAGGACUUCUGUGGUGGUGUUAUAGUACAGAAAAAUUUUGUGUUGACCACAGCAAAAUGUUCACUGCUAUAUGGAAACAUCAGCGUGAAGCUAAGUGAAGAUAGUGUAUCAGGAGCCCCAUUGGAGAUAAAAAUAAAAAAGAAGCAUGUGCACAUGAGGUACGAUCAAGAAAUGGGGCAGAACAAUCUAGCACUGCUGGAACUUAAUGAGCCCAUUCAAUGUCACAGCAAUGGACUUCCUAUCUGUAUCCCUGAAAAGGAUUUUGCAGAACAUAUUUUGAUUCCAGAGAAAAUGAACGUUGUCAGUGGCUGGCCAUUCAAUGGAACAGAACUGGGUGAUUCAUUGAUUGAUUUGCCCAGUGUACAUUUUGAUAAUGAGAAAUGUGAAGAAAUACUCAAUGUGACAAUUACAACAAGGUUAUUUUGUGAACAAAGCAAAGCAUCAGUGGACUGGCAGUUGGUAGAGGGAAGUAUCGUCAUGGCUAAACACAAAGGUACUUGGUUUUUGAUUGGUAUUAUGGUCUCUUUACCAACUGAAAAUUUGGGACCACUAUAUCUUUUCACUAAAAUUUCAAGAUAUUCAAUAUGGUUUGAACAAAUAAUGAAAUAAUGGAAAAAACAAGUGAAUAGAAUAAAUUCUGUAGAAAAUGUAAAAUUUAUAGCUGUGAUCCCGAGUUGAUCGUAAAUUGGUAAUAUUGCUAAAGAAUUUUAUACUUGGAAUACUCUUCUCCUCCCCAAAUCCCAUUUCUGCCUGGUGCUCAUUCUUUACAGCCCAGAUAAUCAGCCAAAUAUGGUUUAACACAAAAAAUAAUCCCUUCUAACCAAUCAGAAAUUAUCUUUCUGCAGACCUUACCCUCCAAGAGGCCAGGAUGUAUCUAAUAGAUGUUUUUAUAUCUGCGGUGUGGCACAACAUGCUUUUUCAUACUUAAAAAUUUUUUUUGAACUGAACUAGCAAAUAUUGUAAAAUAGAUCCGAAAUCUAUCGUUUUAGAAAACUGUACAAUACUUUAUUUCUUUUUACUUUGCUUUACAAUUCAGAUGAAAUCAAAAAUUUUUAAAAAGUAGUAAAAUUCAGACAUCCCCUAAAAUGAAAUGUUUACUGAUAACCACGCAUAAAAUAUAUAUAUAAACAAUAUUAAAGUACUUUUUAAAAAGUGACCUGUUUCAAAUCCAUAAAUAGAAGAAUAAAGCAUAUUUUUUCUCCUCCA